GACAAAGCCAGGAGGCAAAGAGGAAAGGCUCGCACGAUCCAUUUGUGAACUCGUUUCAUUGUUGAUUCGAUUUCGUUGGAUCGCAGAAUCGAAUCGUUUCUCUUUGUAACAUAAUCAUAAGUACCAGUGACAUCGAUUAGCAGAAAAGUGAAUCAAAAGUGAAUUGGACUGCUGUAAUCACCAUAAAACCCGAGUGAACAACUGCUGUGUGCAAUUAGCUGUUAUUAGCGAAAACAAUAAGUGACAACGAAGGCUAGUUUGGGAAGUGAAAAAGCUUCUAGUUUCAGUUUGCCAGCAAAAGGUUUAGUGGUUCGUACUGACACCAUGGAGCUAACGCCAGAAGAGAUAAGAGCACGGCGUUUAAGGAAGUUGGAAGCCAAAAAUAAUAGAAACGUGUCCAACAAUGUGACUCCAUCUGUACCCGAACCCCCAACUGCCGGAAGCACUACGGCAACAGAAGCAACAGAAACGACACAAGUACCGAUCGCAGAUCCUCAAGCGACCGUAAAUACCGAUCCUGAGCAAUCGGGAACCACGAGCAGCAAUAAUAAUGACAGCGUCAGUGUUGAUAGUGAAAGCCCACCGGGGGGUAGCAGUGCGGACCAAAAGACGGAUUUAAUUCUUCCCGAAAAGAUUGAAGCUUCCCUGAUACUUCGCGGUGGCUUCGACGCGGUCGGCCAGUCGCAACAGCAGAAAGCGAAAGCUUCUGUCCCCACACCGGCUGCAAUAGGGACAACAGCCACUACAGCUGCUCAUCGGAUGAAGUCGGCCCCGCCGCCGGCUGUGGUACCAUCGCCUAAUGCCUGGGCGUACAAAAAACGAUCGUCGUCCGAUCAUGUAGGUUCAAAAAAAGAAAACGAUCAUGUCGGCGCUGGCGCACAGCCGGGAAACGUUCCUCCGGAGCAGGAUACGCAAACUUCGGCCGAAGAUGAACUGCUGCAAAUAAUGCUGCGCAUCAUGAAGAUCAACAGCAAAGCCAGAUACUCCAAUUCGCGCUUCACUAUCGACUCGGAAAUUCUCGAAAACGCGAUCGAUUUGCUGAACGGGCAGCGUUACGCGGAGUUCUGUGCCGAGGUUAUGAUAGAGAUCAUAAAAGAUAUUUACUACGGCAAGCUGAUCGAACCAUCGGGAGAGGGUAGCGAUACGGGGCGAUUGUCCGACAGCUGGAGCUCUAUCCCCAGUAAGAAGGUUAAGCCGAUUAUGCUGGACGAGGUGGUUCUGAGUAGUAGCACUGUACGUGCCACCGCAAGCAACAAUGCGACCACCACACCGAUGGACAUUGACGGCGGCGAAGCGGAAGAAGACGUUGCGCCAUUCUGCUCGUCGAAGCCUUCGAUGAAGGCGUUCGCCAACAAUCGAGUGGCGGCUCUAGAGUAUCUAAUCGGCUGCUAUCUACGGUCGAACGAGGAACUUUACAGCUACACCAAGGUAAAAAAGAGUAAAAAAAUGUACCUCUCGGAGACACUGUCCUCCGUGACCGCCGUGGUGCGCCAGCAGGCCCUCAAGUAUGCCAUACUGGUGCUCAAAAACACCUUUCAAAACUUCUGUGGAAAUGGUGAUAUCGGUGGUACUGGCGGAACUGCCGCGAGUGGUACGAAAGGAACGAUUGCCGGAAGUACGGCGCUUGAAAAAUCGCCUCUCCUAACGCUCAUGUACGAGAAUAAGGUGUCGGCCGAUUUUAUGUCGAACCUGAUGGCGGAAAGUCGUAGCUCGGAGGGAGAGGAAGAUUUUCGAGUGAUUUUCAAUGCCGUGCUGGACGACUUGUUCAUCGACAUGCAGAAUGCGAUUUGCAAUGAAAAUAUCGUUGCCGAUCCACUGAACCGACUGAAGGAGCUGAUCGAAACGCGCGUCGAUAACACGAAUCCCAUUUGCCUGCUGAUCGUGGAGCAUAAGAUAUUCCUGACGGCGUUCACCCCCGACAAGUACUUCGCCCGGGAGAUCUCCAAGGUGUCGUACUUGGCACCGUUCCUCUCACUGUCGGUGCUGUUGGAUGAAAACCCCAAAUUUGCCAGCCACCAUUUUUCGGAGAACGUGUGCGAUCGGACGCUGGCAAACUCGUUUCAUGCAAUUCUCAGUAGCACGCGCAAGGUGCUGCACUCGAUCUUCCUGGUGUUGCUAUCGAACCAGUACAGCCGGUUCGAGAUGCUGAACUACAUCGCCGCAAUCCUGAAGUCUAACGCAAAGCGAAUACAAUACAAUGCGGACGAUCGGUUCCUAGCGAAGGACGGGUUCAUGCUAAAUUUUAUGUCGGUGCUCCAGUUGCUGUCGGUGAAAAUCAACCUAUCUCGCAUCGACCCGCUGUACCCGCACCACCCGGAGAGUCUGGUGGAGAUCGAGGACGAGACGAAGCUUAAGUUCUCUUCCCAGGAGUACACCGACUGGCUCCGGAACCUGCAAGACGUGAAGGAAUGGGAGCAGCACAAGUUCGUCACGCACUGCUGGUUUCUGACGCUGCAUGCGCACCAUCUCGGCAUCAUCCCGGCCAUCCAGCGCUACAAUAAGCUGCUCCGCGCGACCAAGGAACUGCAGCGCAUGGUCGAUGAGCUGAACGCUACCAAGACGCAGUGGGAAAAUACUCCGUUGGCCCGCCGCAACAAGCAGGUACGGGAUCGGUGCGUGAACCAAAUCAACAAGCUCUCGAAGGCGAAGCUCAGCUGCGACAUAGCGAUCAUAGACCCGAAUGUGCUGAGUGCGUGCAUGCAGUUCUACUCGUCCGUUUGCGAGUAUAUGCUGUAUCAGAUCGAAAAUCGACCGAUUGAUGGACCGUUCACCAACAAGCAACAUCCGUCGACGCUGGUGGCGAGUGAAAACUUUUGCGCCCUGCCCGAGUGGUACAUCGAGGAUAUUGCUGAUUUCAUCCUUUUCUGUAUGCAACAUAGCAUCAGCGUUAUCGACUAUGUGGACAAUUCGAUCAUCACCUGGAUUCUCACGUUGGUCUGUGCGCCACAUCUGAUCAAAAAUCCCUACAUCACUGCCAAACUGAUAGAAGUCCUGUUCGUAACUUCUCCAACCAUACAGACCACCUCGCCAAGGCUGUAUUUACAGAUAAUUAAUCAUGAACUUGCUCAGACUGCGUUAGUAAGUGCACUUAUGAAGUUUUAUACCGACAUCGAAACGACAGGGCAAAGUACUGAAUUUUAUGACAAAUUUACAAUAAGAUACCACAUAAGUCAUCUAUUCAAGGGACUUUGGGACAGUGGCGUGCACCGGCAGGCGAUUGUGAACGAGUCGAAGAGCGGCAAGCAGUUUGUGAAGUUUGUCAACUUUUUCCUAAACGACACGACCUACCUGCUGGACGAGUGCUUGGAGUACCUCAAGCGCAUCCACGAAACGCAGGUGCUCAUGAUGGACGAUGCCGGUUGGAACGCGCUGACCCAGGAAGCGCAACAGAGCCGCCAGCGGCAGCUAGUGCAGGACGAGCGUCAGUGCCGUUCCUACCUCACGCUCGCGCGUGAAACCGUCGACAUGUUCCACUAUAUGACGAUCGACAUCAAGGAGCCAUUCCUGCGCCCGGAACUGAUCGAUCGGCUGAGCUCGAUGCUCAACUACAACCUGCAUCAGCUGUGCGGACCCAAGUGCAACGAUUUGCGGGUCCGCCAUCCGCACAAGUACGGCUGGGAACCGCGACGUUUGCUUGGGCAGCUGAUCGACAUCUACCUUCACUUGAGCUGUGAUGAGUUUGCCGCCGCACUUGCGGCCGACGAGCGGUCGUUCGAGAAGCGGUUCUUCGAGGAUGCUGCCAACCGGGUCGAACGGAUUGCCGUACGGCCUCAGGCAGACGUGGACGAGUUCCGGAAGCUCAUCCGUAAGGCAGCGGAAAUUUACGUGAAAAAUCAGGAAAAUGCCGAUGAAUUUGCGGAUGCACCGGACGAUUUCAAGGACCCACUGAUGGACACACUGAUGACCGAUCCUGUGGUACUGCCAUCGGGCACCGUUAUGGACCGUGCGAUCAUUACUCGCCAUCUACUGAACAGCAGCACUGAUCCGUUCAAUCGUCAACCACUGACAGAAGACAUGUUGCAACCUGCAACGGAACUCAAGGAACGCAUUCAAAAAUGGAUCAAAGACUAUCGGGCGCAAAAGAAAUCCAGUUGAAUGACCACAUGGAUUCGGAACAGAGACGCAAAUUGAUGUAGCUGCUUCUACCCCCUCUCUUGCUGUCCCAACCUGGUCCCGUUCAAUAUUCUUUAAAAUAAUAGUCUUUUAAAAAGAUACAAAGAUUCGCUAUGAAAACGGUAGUAUGGGAACCCCCAAUUUGAAGCCAGAAUUCUCAGAGUCGCUUAUGUUAAUGUACUGCACAUGAUAAACGAAAUUAUUAAUCCCAAUGUUUUCUGUCACAUUCUCUCACUCUACGAUGCUGCACAGAUACAAUAGUCUACGCAACUAACAUGAAAUAGUAGUGUACGAAAAAAAAACAAUACAAAACAUAGCAAAUAUCUAUCAUUCAAAUGUAUAAUUGAACAGGAUCGACAACAUCUCAUUUCUUCGGAU